AUUUCAAGUUUUGAAAUGUAAAUAAUUAAUAUCAUAUCAACAAUUAACAUGGCAUCAAAGCUACCAGAAUGUGAAAUGUGCUGUAUGGAACAGGCAGUUGGAUGCUGCAAUACGUGUGGGAACAUUGGUGAAUCGUGUUUAGGAAUUCACAAGAGAGGAAAGAGAUUCCAAACUCACAUUCUAAAGAUGUAUGGAAAGGAUGGAUACGAUCCAAAGUGUAUUAUGUAUGAUAUCACAGAAGAGAUGUGUAUACACCAUCCGACUGAAAGAGCGUUAUUGUUUUGCAAAAAGGAUGAUUCUAUGAUCUGUGGUCGAUGUCUUCAUUCUGAUCAUCUUUCAUGUGGUAAUGAGGUUGUUGAUUUGUGUCAAGAAUUAAGGCAGUUUCAUUACGAACAAACCAAUGCUAUGAACGCAGCUUUAAAUGAGAUAAAGGAUGAAAGUAAGCGCAUGAAAGAAGAGGUUGAAAAGCAAAAUGAAAGAAGUGAUACGCAUGCGGCUAAAUGCAAUACAGAAUUGGAGCAUUUGGGAAUAAAACUGAAACGGAAAGUUGAAGAUGCGAUCAAUAGUGUCAAACAGGAAGCGUGUAAAUUAAACGAGGAAAACAAAAAAGCCCUUUCAUGCAUUUCUUCCGUUUGUGAAGAGAAAGUGUCUUGGGCUAUCAGCGAGGAAAGUAAACUCAAUGACUUUGUGAACAACUCGUUUACAGGUCGCCUUUACCUUAUGAAUCGGAAUUUUGAAAAGGGAAUUUCGAAGGCCAAAAGGCAGAUAAAAGAAGCUGAACAUAAUAAUACCUUUAAAAGUGUUUAUUUAAAAGAGAAUACGGCUGCCUUAAAGUGUUUGAUUGAAGACUUGAAUCAUGUUUGCGAACUUCCUGAGGAAGUUGAUGGAAGUGACGAUGGAACCACCUUCUCAAUCGGGAAUUCGACUGUCGAAAAUGAAAAAACGCGUAUGGAGCUUAUUGAAGACUUUAUUCAAGUGAAACUGGACAAAGAUAAAGCAGAAACGGCAAGAAAUGAGUUCAAAGAACAGUUAUUGCAAGCGAAACGGGACUUAGAAAAAACAAGGGAGAAACUCUGUGAUGAGCUGCAACAAGUGAAACAGAAACUUGAUCAUUCAGAAAAGACCAGGCAGAAACUGUGUAAUGAGUUAAAAGAAGUAAAACAAGACCGUGAUAAUUCAGACAAGACACGGAAAGGAUUCGAACAAGAUUUACAGAAAGCGAAACAGGGCAUAGAGAAGUCUGAAAAGAUUAAGAAAGGGAUCGAGGAAGAGUUACUGCGCGUGAAACAAGGAUUGGACAAUACUGAAAAGUCCAUGCAAGAACUGGGUGAUGAGCUGAAAAAAGUUAAAGAAGACCGUGAUGCUUCAGAAAAGACAAGGGAGAAACUCUGUGAUGAGCUGCAACAAGUGAAACAGAAACUUGAUCAUUCAGAAAAGACACGGAAAGGAUUCGAACAAGAUUUACAGAAAAAAAAACAGGACAUAGAGAAGUCUGAAAAGUCCAGGCAGGAAGUGGGUGAUGAGUUGAAAGAGGUUAAACAAGUCCGUGAUAGUUUAGAAAAGACAAGGAGGGGACUCGAACAAGAUUUAAAGAAAGCGAAACAGGACAUAGAGGAAUCUGAAAAGACCAGGCAGGAACUGUGUUUUGAGCUGACAGAAGUUAAACAAAACCGUGAUAAUUCAGAAGAAACAAGGGAGCGAUUCGAACAAGAUUUACAGAAAGUGAAACAGGACAUAGAUAAAUCUGAAAAGAUUAGAAAGGGGAUCGAACAAGAGCUUCUGCAAGUGAAACAGGGAUUGGACAAUUCUGAAAAGAUUAGAAAUGGGAUCGAACAAGAGCUUCUGCAAGUGAAACAGGGAUUGGACAAUUCUGAAAAGUGCAGACAGGAACUGUGUGAUGAGUUGAAAGAAGUUAAACAAGACCGUGAUAAUUCAGAAAAGACAAAGAAAGGACUCGAACAAGAUUUACAGAAAGCGAAACAGGACAUACAGAAAUCUGAAAAAGAAUGUACAACACUCCAGGCAAAGUGUACUCACUUGAAGGAUUGCAUAAAAUGGACGCAGCCCACUGGAGCAUUGGAGGUCAAGAUUAACAUGGAACAACGCUUGCCAAUUAAGUGUGUAUUUACAUUCCCGGAUGGUAUUCAGACGAAAUACAAUCGACGCCCGGGGAAACCGUACAAAGGCGGCACAAUUACAGGAUCGUUGAAGGACGACAAUGAGGGUCAGCUGGUUUGUAGGAUGUUGAAGGCCGCGUUUAGGAAAGGACUGAUGUUUACUGUUAAUGAAUACGAGUGGGCCGGGCUGGAUGGCUUUUCACUAUUUCGGUCUAUGUUUACGUCUUUUGUGAAUCAUGAUAGUUAUGAUGAAUACAUACAUAAGGUGAAAGCGAAGCUUGCAGCCAAGGGCAUCACAGAGACGAACAUAGAUUUAACCGAGAAGCUGGAAGAGACAUUCACUGUCGAAGGUCCGUGACUGUCAUCGGACUUCUGUUAUUAUAAGUCUUUCUGUCCAGGCAAUACUUGUUUUAAUAGCUUAAGAUUUCUAGAAUCAUGUAAAAUAAUUGCGUUAAACGAUAACGUUAUUUGAUGCUUAGAUAUGGUAAACGUUAAUAUAUGGGGUAAGAAAGCAACGUUACAAAUAAUGAACGGCGAUAUAGUUAUAUAACAUUGGGAUCAAUUUUCCUGAAGACUGAUAAAUUGACAACUUGUCAACACACAAAAUAUUAUUUUUUUCUAGAAAAUACUUUAUACUUUGUAUCUUAUCUUGUCUGGAAAAUCUUUGUUCUUUUAUAACAUUAGUGAGGUUUCGUGUGUUUUUUUUUGUACACAAUGCCGCCAAUGUUAAUGAAUUUGCCUAACUUCAGAACGACAUGUAUGAAAGCGCGAGGAAUUUAUUAAUUAUUGUACUUAAAGUGGGUCACAUUCUAUUUCAUGAAUGAAGUUAAUAUUACAUAUAUAGUUUGCAAAAUUGAUGUGAAUUGUGCAAAUGUUUAUGUAGGAAUAAAAGUUUAAAUAUGGCAAUAAAAACAUAUUUACCCCCUCAUUUUCAUAUUCUGUUGAGAAUAUUAAUGAUUUUUAGGGAAACACCACAAAUGAGGAACAAUCCAUUGAUAGAUUCAAUACAUGGGGAUAUAUAUAACAGCAAUAACAAGGUUAUUGUGAAAAUGGAAAGACAUGCAUAUAGUUUCUCUCAUGUGCUCUAGGGUCGGCAAUUAAACAAAUUAAUUGGUCUCUGUCAUUUUUUUAGGAUCACUCAUUGAAUAUGUUUAUAAGUGUCUCCCAUGUGUUGUAAAGCCAGCCAUUGCAUAUGUCAAUGAGUCUCUCUCAUGUUUUGUAGGGUCAGCCAUUGAACAUGUUAAUAAGUUUCUCUCAUGUUUUGUAAGGGCAGCUAUUGAACAUGUUUAAAGGUUUUCUUUCAUGUUUUGUGGUGUCAGCCAUUGAACAUGUUUAAAGGUUUUCUAUCAUGUUUUGAAGGGUCAGCUAUUGAACAUGUUAAAAGCUUUUCCUCAUGUUUGGUAGGGUCAGCCAUUAAACUUGUAAAUAAGUUUCUCUAAUAUAUUGUAAGUUUAGACUUUGAACAUGUCUAUAGAUGUAUCUUGCAUUUUGUAGAGUCAGCCGUUGUACAUAUUAACCGGUUCCUCUCAUAUAUCUCUCAUAUAUCUCUCACAUAAUUUGUAGGGUCAGUCAAUGAACAUGUUUAUAGGUUUCCCUCAUGUUUUGUAGGGUCAGUCAUUGAACAUGUCAAUAUAUCUCUCACAUAAUUUGUAGGGUCAGUCAAUGAACAUGUUAAUAGGUUUCUUACAUGUUUUAGGGUCAGCCACAUUGAACAUGAUACUAGAUUUCUGUAAUGUAUUGUAGUGUCAGCCAUUCAACAUGUUAAAAGGUUUAUCACAUCUUUUGUAGGGUCAUCCAAUAAACAUGUAAAUUUGUUUUUAUAGGGCAAACAAAUGAACAUGUUACUGUGGGUCUCCAUUAUGUUAAAGCAUGUUUACAUUGAUCUUUCCUUUCAAAGCAAUAGAUUAAUAAUAUAAAGUAUUUCGUAGUAUUGAAAUAAAGGCGGACAUCACACAAAUGUACCUUGGCAGGUAAACGGUAAUAAAGUUUGCAAAUGCCAAUUUAGGGUUUUAUCCGUCAUGGAUUAAUUAACAUUUACAAAUUACACUCGAUUUCAAUAUAGUUUUACUACCAGAUAUAGGGAUUCAUCCGUAAUGGAUUGAAUUACAUUAUGGACUACACACAAUUUCAAUAUAGUUUUAUUAACAGAUUUAGGGAUUCAUCCGUUAUGGAUUGAAUUCCAUUAUGGAUUACACACAAUUUCAAUAUAGUUUUAUGAACAGAUUUAGGGAUUCAUCCGUUAUGGAUUGAAUUUCAUUAUGGAGUACAUACUUUUCAACUUUUUUUUACUAAGAAUAAACCUGAAAUACUAAAACAGAAAACCGGUGAAACAGUCUCAGUUAUAUCAUAUCAACAUAUCAACAUAUAAUUCAAUAUCAAAUUGUGUAGUUGUCUUUUUUGUAAAUUAAAAUUAAAAAAGCAACUUAUCUGUUAAAAAGAAUCCUCUUAAAAGUUAUUGAAUUAUACUGUUUUAAUCGAAACAAUUACGCUUUACAAUUUGUUAUAAAGUUAUGUUUUAAACAAACUUCUUAAAAAUUCUUUAUAACGCAUUAACGAAAUAUCAUCUUGGUUACGUUUCCUCAUACUUUUGUAAUUUGGUAUCACGAAUAAGGUUAAGCAAAAACAUGUUUUCGAUCUAUUCACGAAUGUCAUUGAUCUAGACAGAUCAGACAAUCGUGUCAAUCAAAUGUCCAAGUUAUAUGAAGGCAAAGAUUACCACAUGUAGAGAUUGACAGUUAUAUAUUGAUACGUGUAUAUGUUUGUGUUUAUGUUUAUGUAUAUGUAUAUCCGUAUAAAAUAUAUAAUCACCUAUAUACCAUUCAUUGUAAUGUUAUAAUUUUGAUUAUUGU